AUGCCAACCACUCGCUCCCAACGUGCUACCGCAGCAGUGGCUGCUGGUGCUGCUGCCACCAUGUUGGCGCCUGCUUUCGUGGCACCGACAAAGCUGAAUGUCGUGACCAGCGCCCCAGCACCGGUGGCGUCAGCUGCACCGACCAGCGCUGUCGGUGCAAGUGCCAGCGUGGUUGGUGCGGGUGCAGCGGCACUGGCAGCUGCAGCGACUGUUCGCCCAUCCAAGCGAUGUGCGAAGAAGGAGAAGGUCGUUUGCAUGGCCACAGCAACUGAAGUUGAUGUCGACACUGAGUGCAUCAACGCCAUCCGCUUCUUGGCAGUGGAUGCAGUGAACAAGGCCAACAGUGGCCACCCUGGUGCUCCUAUGGGUCAGGCACCUAUCGGAUACCUUCUCUUUGCAGAGGAGAUGCAGUACAAUCCUGAGGAUCCAAAGUGGGUGAAUCGUGACCGUUUUGUUCUUUCUUCUGGUCACGGUUGCAUGCUCCAGUACUCUUUGCUGCAUUUGGCUGGCUACAAGAGCGUCUCGAUCGAUGACAUCAAGCAGUUCCGACAGUGGGGCUCCAAGACUCCCGGCCACCCAGAGAACUUCGAGACCGAGGGCAUUGAAGUGACCACCGGACCCCUUGGCAUGGGUAUCUCCAAUGCAGUUGGCUUGGCGGCCGCUGAAGCCCACCUUGCAGCAGUUUACAACAAACCUGGCAUGGAGCUGAUCGACCACUACACCUACACCAUUGCAGGUGAUGGAUGCAUGCAGGAGGGCAUUUCUCACGAAGCUUGCGCAUAUGCUGGCCACUUGGGCCUGGGAAAGCUGAUUGUUCCCUGGCAGCAACAAGCUGCACAAGCCUCCAAAACUGCAGAAAAGGCUUUCUACGAUGACAACGGCAUCACCAUCGAUGGACACACCGAUCUCUCCUUCACUGAGGAUGUCGGCAAGCGCUUUGAGGGCUAUGGAUGGCAGGUGCUGGAAGUGCCUGAGGGCAACACCGAUGUGGAUGCCAUCCGCAAGGCCAUCAAGGAGGCCAAGGCUUGCACUGACAAGCCAACUUUGAUCAAGGUGAAGACCACUAUCGGCUUCGGCUCUCCCAACAAGGCUGACAGCCAUGAUGCCCAUGGUGCACCCCUCGGUGCAGAUGAGGCUGAGGCCACUCGCAAGCAGCUGGGCUGGAACUACGGAGAGUUCGAGGUGCCAGAGCAGGUGUAUGACACCUUCAGCAAGCACGCAAAGGCAGGUGCUGAGAAGCAGGCAGCCUGGGAGAAGAUGUGGAAGGAGUACCAGGAGAAGGAGCCUGAGCUCGCCGCGCAGUUCCAGCGCGCUGUGGUUGAUCGCAAGCUGCCUGAGAACUGGGAUGAUGCCCUGCCUAAGGUUACCCCAGAGGACAAGGGCAAGGCAACCCGCCUCCACUCUCAGGACUGCCUCAACGCCAUUGCCAACGUGCUGCCUGAGUUCAUGGGUGGUUCCGCAGACUUGGCACCUUCCAAUAUGACCCUGAUGAAGUGCACUGGUGACUUCUUGAAAGACAGCUAUGCCGAGCGCAACAUGCGCUUUGGCAUCCGCGAGUUCGGCAUGGGAGCAGUGGCCAAUGCGCUCUCUCUUGACAAGACAGGCAUGAUCCCUUACUGCGCCACUUUCACUAUCUUCACCGACUACAUGCGUGGCGCCAUUCGAAUUGCCGCACUCUCCCAGGCAGGCACCAUCUUCGUCACUACGCAUGAUUCCAUUGCUGUCGGAGAGGAUGGCCCCACCCAUCAGCCCAUUGAGACCAUUCCAUCUCUGCGUCUCAUCCCAGAUCUCACCGUGAUGCGCCCGGCUGAUGGCAAUGAGACCGCGGAUGCCUACAAGUAUGCUGUGGAGAGAUCGAAGAAUGAGUCUCGACCCACCAUGAUGGCGUUCUCCCGACAAGCCGUGCCCAAUCUGCCCAACUCCUCCGUUGAGAACACCCUUAAGGGUUUGAAGCUCAGUGUGAUUGAGUGCGCCGAUCCGGAGCUGAUCUUGAUUGGCACCGGCUCGGAGGUUGGUCUCUGUGUGGAUGCUGCCGAGAAGCUGGACAAGAAGGAACAGCCUGAGAGCUACAAGAGCAAGCUGUUGCCUGCAGAUGUGCCCAAGAUGAGCGUGGAGGCUGCAUGCACUGCUGGCUGGGGUGAGUUUGUGAGGGCCUUGGUACAGAGAGCAAACAGCCUGGACAAAUUUGGCUUCAACGUCGACAACGUUGUCAGCUGUACCGAGAGGUGCCUCUCCGGUGAGAAGGGCGCGCUGCAGGGUGGCCUAACUGUUCCACAGCUCAUUCCCAUUGGACGUUAUGUGGCAGCCGUGGUGAGAGCAGUGGCUGCUGGUGCUGCUGCCACCAUGUUGGUGCCUGCUUUCGUGGCACCGACAAAGCUGAAUGUCGUGACCAGCGCCCCAGCACCGGUGGCGUCAGCUGCACCGACCAGCGCUGUCGGUGCAAGUGCCAGCGUGGUUGGUGCGGGUGCAGCGGCACUGGCAGCUGCAGCGACUGUUCGCCCAUCCAAGCGAUGUGCGAAGAAGGAGAAGGUCGUUCGUAUGGCCACAGCAACUGAAGUUGAUGUCGACACUGAGUGCAUCAACGCCAUCCGCUUCUUGGCAGUGGAUGCAGUGAACAAGGCCAACAGUGGCCACCCUGGUGCUCCUAUGGGUCAGGCACCUAUCGGAUACCUUCUCUUUGCAGAGGAGAUGCAGUACAAUCCUGAGGAUCCAAAGUGGGUGAAUCGUGACCGUUUUGUUCUUUCUUCUGGUCACGGUUGCAUGCUCCAGUACUCUUUGCUGCAUUUGGCUGGCUACAAGAGCGUCUCGAUCGAUGACAUCAAGCAGUUCCGACAGUGGGGCUCCAAGACUCCCGGCCACCCAGAGAACUUCGAGACCGAGGGCAUUGAAGUGACCACCGGACCCCUUGGCAUGGGUAUCUCCAAUGCGGUUGGCUUGGCGGCCGCUGAAGCCCACCUUGCAGCAGUUUACAACAAACCUGGCAUGGAGCUGAUCGACCACUACACCUACACCAUUGCAGGUGAUGGAUGCAUGCAGGAGGGCAUUUCUCACGAAGCUUGCGCAUAUGCUGGCCACUUGGGCCUGGGAAAGCUGAUUGCUUUCUACGAUGACAACGGCAUCACCAUCGAUGGACACACCGAUCUCUCCUUCACUGAGGAUGUCGGCAAGCGCUUUGAAGGCUAUGGAUGGCAGGUGCUGGAAGUGCCUGAGGGCAACACCGAUGUGGAUGCCAUCCGCAAGGCCAUCAAGGAGGCCAAGGCUUGCACUGACAAGCCAACUUUGAUCAAGGUGAAGACCACUAUCGGCUUCGGCUCUCCCAACAAGGCUGACAGCCAUGAUGCCCAUGGUGCACCCCUCGGUGCAGAUGAGGCUGAGGCCACUCGCAAGCAGCUGGGCUGGAACUACGGAGAGUUCGAGGUGCCAGAGCAGGUGUAUGACACCUUCAGCAAGCACGCAAAGGCAGGUGCUGAGAAGCAGGCAGCCUGGGAGAAGAUGUGGAAGGAGUACCAGGAGAAGGAGCCUGAGCUCGCCGCGCAGUUCCAGCGCGCUGUGGUUGAUCGCAAGCUGCCUGAGAACUGGGAUGAUGCCCUGCCUAAGGUUACCCCAGAGGACAAGGGCAAGGCAACACGUCUCCACUCUCAGGACUGCCUCAACGCCAUUGCCAACGUGCUGCCUGAGUUCAUGGGUGGUUCCGCAGACUUGGCACCUUCCAACAUGACCCUGAUGAAGUGCACUGGUGACUUCUUGAAAGACAGCUAUGCCGAGCGCAACAUGCGCUUUGGCAUCCGCGAGUUCGGCAUGGGAGCAGUGGCCAAUGCGCUCUCUCUUGACAAGACAGGCAUGAUCCCUUACUGCGCCACUUUCACUAUCUUCACCGACUACAUGCGUGGCGCCAUUCGAAUUGCCGCACUCUCCCAGGCAGGCACCAUCUUCGUCACUACGCAUGAUUCCAUUGCUGUCGGAGAGGAUGGCCCCACCCAUCAGCCCAUUGAGACCAUUCCAUCUCUGCGUCUCAUCCCAGAUCUCACCGUGAUGCGCCCGGCUGAUGGCAAUGAGACCGCGGGUGCCUACAAGUAUGCUGUGGAGAGAUCGAAGAAUGAGUCUCGACCCACCAUGAUGGCGUUCUCCCGACAAGCCGUGCCCAAUCUGCCCAACUCCUCCAUUGAAAACACCCUUAAGGGUGCUUACGAGGUGAUUGAGUGCGCCGAUCCGGAGCUGAUCUUGAUUGGCACCGGCUCGGAGGUUGGUCUCUGUGUGGAUGCUGCCGAGAAGCUGGACAAGAAGGUGCGAGUGGUGUCCAUGCCCUCCUGCGAGGUCUUCAGAGAACAACCUGAGAGCUACAAGAGCAAGCUGUUGCCUGCAGAUGUGCCCAAGAUGAGCGUGGAGGCUGCAUGCACUGCUGGCUGGGGUGAGUUUGCUGAUGCGUUUGUUGGAAUCGAUGUUUUCGGUGCCUCUGCGCCCGGCGGAACCUGCCUGGACAAAUUUGGCUUCAACGUCGACAACGUUGUCAGCUGUGCCGAGAGGUGCCUCUCCGGUGAGAAGGGCGCGCUGUCCAACGGCAGCCAGGGCAAGAACUAG